AUGAAGGCAUCAGAAAGAAACAUUGGCCGAAGACUCAAUGUUAAACAAGAACAGUUGUUGGCAAACAAGAUUAUGAUCGAAUCCAUUGCAGUACGAGACAUCAUUGUUUCAUCACACCAUGGAAAUUGGCCGUUAACGAUGUCCAAUCUUCGAAUCGAAAUACUGAACCAAGAUACCAAUAUCGAGAACAUCCUACCUAGUUACUUCCGGAUUCUGGUAGAUGGAAAGCGUUUCAAAUACAUUACAAUUGAUCCUGGAACCUAUCUCGCAAGAGAUCUCUGCUCCCCUUCUCUUCUCUCAAAGAAAUUACCUCCAUUGCCAUCCGAAGGAGAUGCCGAAAGUUGGAACCUGGCCCGAAUCUCUUUAGUAGAUGGAAUUCCAACUGUGGUCGAAGCCUUCAAAGCUGCCCUCCCUACAAUUGAUAGCUCAUGGUUUCAUAAGCCAAUAAGUCAUAUUGACUAUCUCUCACUCAAAUUUAUUCGAAAAUUAGACCCCAAUGUGCAUCUGGUAUCAUCCCCAGCCUUCGACAAACCAGUCUGUGCUAAAUUUGCCAACUUCUACUGGGAAACAAACUAUAUCGCCGAAAUCCAAGUAUAUUCUUGGCUACAUAAUCGCAAUAUCCUCAUCCCCAAGUUUCUUGGAUAUAUAACUGAAGGUGGACGCGUGAUAGGUUUGCUAACGGAAAAUGUUGAAGGUAGGAGAGCUACUAUCGCCGACCUAUCUCUUUGCCAGACCGUCAUCAGACAAUUACACAAAUUGGGGAUUAUACAUGGUUCCUUAGAUGAGAACAAGUUCUUGAUAUCGCAAAAUAAAGCGGUUUUGGUAAGUUUCGACAAUGCAGAACGGUGUAAGGACAAAAAGAUAAUGAAGAAAGAAAUGGAGCUGCUUGAAGAGAAACUGCAAGCUGCGACUGUGACAAAUUCGAAUUGA